CCGCGGGCACACGGAAUGAGCCCGCGGCACUGGCAGUGCGGGGUUCCAGCGGCCUCCGAUCCCUAUCCUGGCCGCUCUCCCUUCAUCCGCGCCUGAGUUGCUCUCUUGCUCCCGAGCGUGUGGUGUAUCCCGAGCAGCAGUGCCUCGGCUCCACUGGGUUCCCGCGCCAGCGCUCCCGGAGCCUCACGGCGCCCGCAUCCUGGCGGGGCAGGCUGGGAGCUGUAGUCAGGGCUUGCCCGCGCAACCUCUCGGCCUCCCGGCCCCUUGCCCCGGCUUUCACCGCUCUUCCUAAGCCGGAGAGCCGACGGCACUGCCCUUUCCAGCCCGGCCCUUAGCGCCAUCCUCGGCUCCCUCCGUUCCCAGCCUGCUUCCCCCUUCCCGCCCCUUCUCAGUCCGCUCGCUCCAGCGGAGUAGGGGCCGAUACGAGGCACGGCCGGGAGGGAAGAUGAUUUUUAACUCGCUCCUGGGGAAGCGGGGCGGGGGGUAGAAGGGCGGCGAGGACAGAAAAAAUAAGGAAAAAGCGGUCCCCGGGCCCGAAAGCGCUUCCCUUCCGUGACCCCUGGUCAUGCGUCACUUCCCGGCGGCCGUUUGAGCGCGGAGCCCGCGGCCGUGAGGGGGUCCCCGGGGUGGGACGCGCUCGGGGUCGGUCGCCAGCCGGGAACGAGCUGCCAGGUGCCUCCUGUUCGUCCCCAGGCCGUGUCUGUGACAAGUUUCACUUCUUGCUGUUGCUGCUGCUGGCUCAUCGCAUCGUGCGCUCAGGUACUUCUGCGAUUGCAGCUGCAGGGACUUGCGUUCAGCAUGGCCAAUGCUCUUCAGGAAACACCUUCACUUGAAGCUUCUCAGUUAGAGGAUGUUAAUGCUAAGCUGUCCUUCCUACCUGAAAGACUGAGAAAGAAGCUGCUUCCUUUUCAGGAAAAAGGCAUCAUAUUUGCGCUUCAGAGAAGUGGCAGGUGUAUGAUUGCUGAUGAGAUGGGGCUAGGCAAAACAAUUCAAGCAAUUGCCAUUUCAUAUUACUAUAAAAAUGAAUGGCCUCUCUUAAUUGUGGUGCCUUCCUCUCUGAGAUACCCUUGGGUGGAUGAGAUGGAGAAGUGGAUUCCAGAACUCUCUCCAGACGACAUUAGCAUCAUUCAGAACAAAACUGAUAUUGGGAGAAUAUCAACAAGCAGAGUAACCAUUCUGGGGUAUGGGCUGUUGACAUCUGAUGCACAGACUUUGGUAGACACUUUGUACAGGCAGAACUUUAAGGUGGUUGUGAUUGAUGAAUCACACUACAUGAAAUCCAGAAAUGCUACCCGCAGCAAGAUUUUACUGCCAAUUGUGCAGAAAGCUCUCAGAGCUGUUCUCCUUACUGGAACUCCUGCUCUAGGAAGACCUGAAGAGCUCUUCAUGCAGAUUGAGGCACUGUUUCCAAGAAGGUUUGGGACUUGGAAUGAAUAUGCUAAAAAAUACUGUGAUGCUCGUGUCAGGUUUUUUGGUAAAAGAAGGCAAUGGGACUGUAGAGGAGCUUCAAACUUAGAGGAACUACAUCAGCUUUUAAGUGAAAUAAUGAUCAGAAGACUGAAGAAUGAUGUCCUAACUCAGUUGCCUCCCAAAGUCAGGCAACGCAUUCCAUUUGACCUCCCUCAAACUGCAGCAAAGAAUCUGAAUGCCACUUUUGCAGAGUGGGAGAAAUUAAUGAGAAGUCUGAGUUCAGAUGCCACUGAAAGCCACUUUUCUCAAGUCAUGAAUCUGAUCACACGCAUGUAUAAGGAAACAGCCAUUGCCAAGGCAGGAGCAGUCAAGGACUACAUCAAAAUGAUGCUUGACAAUGACAAACUGAAGUUUCUCGUCUUUGCCCAUCACCUGAGCAUGUUGCAAGCCUGCACAGAGGCAGUUAUAGAGAGCAAGGCUCGCUACAUCCGAAUAGAUGGGAGUGUUCCCUCUGCAGAGAGGAUUCACCUCGUCAAUCAGUUUCAGAAGGACCCUGAAACCCGGGUUGCUAUUUUGAGUAUUCAGGCAGCUGGUCAGGGUUUAACAUUCACUGCUGCCACUCACGUUGUGUUUGCUGAAUUAUAUUGGGAUCCAGGCCAUAUUAAACAAGCAGAAGACAGAGCACACCGCAUUGGGCAGUGCAGCUCUGUGAACGUUCACUUCCUGAUUGCCAAAGGAACCAUGGAUACCCUCAUGUGGGCAAUGCUGAACCGCAAGGCCAAAGUCACAGGCAGCACUUUGAAUGGCAAGAAAGAGAAAAUGCAGGCUGAAGAAGGUGAUAAGGACAAAUGGGACUUUCUCAGUUUUGCUGAGACCUGGACCCCAAAUGAAAUUCUAGAAGGUCCCCAAAAUGAACUUUUAUUUACACAUUUUGAAAAGGACAAACAGCAUGACAUACGUUCCUUCUUUUCCCCCAAAUCCUCCACGGAGAAGAAACGCAAAAGAUUUUCUGGUGAUGAAUUGUUACGUAAUGAUUCAGAAUCUUCUGCUGUCACAAAAGAGGAUGCAGAGAAGAGUGAUGAAAACCUGGAUUCCACAAGGAUAAGUGAGGUGGAUACAAUUUGUCAUGAAGAUACUUGCAAACAUGAAGCCAAAAGAGCAAGGAGCAUAAGUGGAUCUACCCCAGUCAGCUCCAGCAAUAAAAAGAAAACAUCUUUGACUGGAAAAAAGCCCUCUUUGUUUUCAGAAAAAAACAAUGAACUCCAUCCUUGUGGCUUAACUAAUUCAAGUGAAAGUACAGCUUUAAAUAAAGUUUGGCACUGCAGUGCUUGCACUUACAUUAACAAUGAUCUGCUGCCUUACUGUGAAAUGUGCCAUUGCCCCCAGAGCAGGGAUGGUGAGAGAAAUGGUGAAGCUCUCAGGAGCCAGAGUGAGGAAGGAGUGUCAGAGGAGCCCAGGAGAGAUGAAGACAGAGCAGAAGGCAGUGCUGAAGACAGAAGAGGACAUUUGGGGGAAAUGGGGGCACAGCAAUCUUUUGAAAUCAGAGAACAGGAAACUCUGGGGACUGAAAAGGAAGAAAGCGAAAAAGAGUGUGGAGAAGAUAAAUCAGACACAUUCCAAAUAUAUGAUGGGCUUAUGUUUUGUGCAAGCAGGAAUACUGAUAGAAUCCACCUCUAUACAAAGGAUGGUGAACCACUGAAUCAUAAUUUCAUUCCAUUGGACGUACAGCUGGAUAACUGGGAAGACUUACCAGAGACUUUCCAGAAUAAAAAAAAUCGUGCACUGAUCCUGAGGUUUGUGAAAGAAUGGACUCACCUCACAGCAAUGAAACAGAAGAUAGUCAGAAAAAGUGGUCAAAUAUUCUGUAGUCCCAUUCAUGCUGCAGAGGAGUUGUCUAAAAAGCAGUCAGUGGGCAGCAGCACAAAGAGGUAUGUGACCAGGGAGGAUGUGGCAGCAGCCUCGCUCUCCAAGGCCAGCAGCAGCGGGGGCAGUGUUCGCCUCAUCUCCAAAGAGAUGGGAGCUUCUCUGGACAAAGGAGGUGCUGCUACUGAACCAUCCACGAAGUUGCUUUCAGAAACUAGAAAUGAUCCCUCAGCCCUUCCUCCAGGGCAGACUGACCCCGGAGGCUCCUCCCUAUCCAAAGGGUAUCUGCAGGCCCUGGACAGCCAGGGGACCCCGCUGUGUCUCAGCUGCCAGCAGCCAACAGCGCAGCCCCAGCCCGGCUGCCCGGCCCGCGCCUGGGACACGCGCUUCUGCUGCCACGCCUGCCAGGAGGACUUCUCCAUCCGCUCCAGCCAGAGCUACCUCCGCUCCAAGGUGUUCCAGAUCGAGCACGGGGUGUGCCAGUGCUGCCAGCACAACGCCCAGGAGCUUUAUCUCAGCAUCAGGGAUGCACCCAGGAGCCAGAGGAAGCAGCUUCUGGAGACUUCUUGGAUGUCUCACCUUCCCCUUGGGCAGCUGAAUGAGAUGAUCCGGAGCCCGGCGGAAGGGCAGUUCUGGCAGGUGGACCACAUCCAGCCCGUGUACAGUGGAGGAGGACAGUGCUCCCUGGAGAACCUUCAGACCCUGUGCACAGCCUGCCACAGGGAGAGAACUGCAAAACAGGCCAAGGAAAGAAGCCAGCUGAAGAGAAAGUCUUUAGCUACAAAGUAUGGCUGUGAUAUCACCAAAUUUUUGGUGAAGAAGUAAAAUGCACAAUACAUUCAGGUACAUUGUAACCCUGAAACCAAUAUAGUUACAGUUUUGCACUGAUUUAACAGAAAUCUAUCAAGGAAUUAAACCGAAGAAACCAUUUGCAACAGUGAUUGUCAGAGUGCAUCCAAAGUACUUGAGCAUCAUGGUUUUUUAUGGCCCUGCUUUAAAGCUGAAUUUCUGUGCAUAACUUUAAUGCCAUUUUGAGGAAUUAUGGUUUCUCUUGCAGGGUAGUUAGGCCUGCAAGAAUUUAAGGAAGUUCUGUUGAAACUGCUGGUGGCGUUACAGGGUUCAAUUGUAUUGGGAACAUCAUGGACCAAGAAGAUGUCUUAGUUUUAAUUCUUUUUGUUUUUUACACACCAAAACCACAGAAUAACAUACAGCAAUUAUGAAAAAAACUAGCAGGAGUGAGUGAUUUGUCUCCUCUAAUUCUGCUCACCCACUGAAGGCGGACUCUUGCCAUGGACCUGACUUACAGGACUUUGGCAUUUAGAACUGAUGUCAGUUGAAUUCUGUUUUUACUUAAACCAGCUUGUAUUAAAAUGUUACUCAGGAUAGGAAACAUUAAAUAUUAGCAAUUAUGUCCUCAAAGGCAGUUCCUGGGAAAUGCUACAGUCAAAUUCUCCUUAACGAGAUUGCAGAGAUGCUGGUAAUUUUGUACUGCUUACCUGGCUUGCUUUACAGUUAAAUAAAUACAGUUCUUUCUCCUGGUGA